AUGGCAGUUCGUCUUGUAUCAAUGAUCGAUCAAAUCAGACAAAGUUUAUCAAUGAAUACAGCAACUGCUGCACUUUUUGUGGAUUUUAGUUCCGCUUUCAACCAACUGUGGUUCAAUGGUCUCUGGUUGAAACUAACGAAACUAAAUUGUCCACUCUACCUAAUGCAAUGGCUGCGACAUUAUCUCGAAGAAAGGAAAGCUUACAUUUUUAUUGAAGAAAUAUCGUCCGUCACUUUCAACUUAUCAAAGGGAGUUCCUCAAUGA